CAUUUCAUUGUGAUUAUUAGGUGCUAAGUGGGUUUUUGGUGGGGUUUUUUUAAAAAAAAACAAAUGGAGGAGAAUUUGGUUUAAUGGGUUUUGGAGUAAAUUUGGUUUUUGAUGAGUUUGGAGCUUGUUUGAUUGGGAUCAAGUUUCAUGAUUUAAGAUAUAAGAUUGAGGGUUCUGGGAUUUGAACGGUAAUGUGAAGAAUAUUUGCUUAUUUGUUGGAAAUUGUGGAGAUUUUGCAGUUCGCCCCUUCUAGUUUUAUCUGUUUACGAUGGCUUAGAUUCUGAUAUCUAUGUAUAGAUUCUCCUUUUUGUCAUGGUGUUAGUUAAGUUUUGUCAAAAAUUUAAUGUAAAUGGCCAGUGUUUGCUGCAUAAUUCUUCAUAAGAGAGAUUUAUUAGCAUAGUCUCUCAAAGAUUUUCCUCUGACAUUUGUUGUUAUGUGUGUUUGCGGUGGAAAAGAAGUACUUGUGUGUAAUAUGAAAGCUAAACCUUGGAGAAAGAGUGAGGGUUCCGGUGGAAGAGGCAGAUUGAAGAAGAUGAUGAAGUGCAUUUUCUUAGGGAAACAAGUAAGGGCAGAUGAAGCAGCUGAAUCAUCAGACUCGUCCUUAGCUACCCGGGAUUAUUCAGCCAGUGGUUUUUCAGGUCAAGGUGGGGAGAUUGAACCUAAGACAACCACAAGCACCAUUGAAGAAGCUGAAUCAUCUCUUCGUGCAAGUGGUUACUUGAACUAUGAGGAAGCCAGAGCUUUGUUAGGAAGACUUGAGUACCAGAAGGGAAAUGUAGAAGCAGCAUUUCGCGUAUUUGAAGGCAUUGACAUUGAUGCAGUUACACCUAAUAUUAAAGUUUCAUUAGCCAGAAAAUGCGAGGGACAAAGACGCAAUUCACAGAGUGAUGCAGUGCUGCCCAUGUCAAUGCAUGCUGUUAAUCUCCUUUUUGAAGCAAUUUUUCUCAAAGCAAAGUCAUUACAGGCUCUUGGAAGGUUUGAAGAAGCUGCUCAAUCAUGCCAGGUGAUUGUGGACACGGUUGAGUCAGCAAUACCACAGGGUUUGAAUGGGAGGUUCUCCACCAACAGUAAAUUGCAGGAGACCUUGAAUAAUACAGUUGAGUUACUACCUGAGUUGUGGAAACUUGCUUUAUUUCCGAAUAAAGUAAUUUCAUCAUAUCGGCAUGCAUUACUCUAUGAUUGGAAUCUUGAAAUGGGAACUCAAGCAAGGAUUGAGAAAGAAUUUGCAAUUUUUCUAUUGUACAGCGGUAUUGAUGCAAGUCCCCCAACACUUCGUUUCCAAGUGGAAGGAGCAUAUAUUCCUAGUGACAAUGUAGAAGAGGCAAUUCUUCUUUUUUUACUGUCACUGAGGAAAUUUCUUCAGGGAAGUAUCGACUGGGAUCCGUCAAUCAUGGAUCACCUUUCCUUUGCGCUAUCCACUUCAGGAGAUUUAGGGAUCCUAGCCCGUCAAUUAGAAGAACUACCUGCAGGUACCAUAGACAGGAAAGAUAAUUAUGGCAGUCUAGCGCUAUGUUAUCACGGUCUAGGAGAGGAUAAGGUUAGCUUAAACCUACUUAGGAAUCUUCUGAAGGACCGAGAAAUUCACAACUGCACCCGUGAGCUAUUACUUGCUUCAAAAAUCUGUACUCAAGAUACAAAUUGCUCUGAAGAAGGGAUCAAGUAUUCUGAAAAAGUGAUCAAGAGACUGGAUGGAGACUGUCAACAACUGGUCUGUAAAGCCACCUGCUUGCUAGGUAUUUUAUCCUCAGCACAAUCCAAGUUGGUUACUUCCGAAUCCAAAAGAGUACGGAUGCAAUCUAAAGCCUUAGACCUGUUGGGAAUUGCUGAAGCACUGACGAAAGAAACAGACCCAAACGUCAUAUACCAUCUUGCCUUAGAAAAUGCUGAGCAGCGGAAGUUGGAUAUGGCACUCUCAUAUGCAAAAAAGCUGCUGAAACUUGAGGCUAGUUCAGGUACUGCAGGAUGGGUUCUUUUGGCUCGUAUACUGUCUGCACAGAAGCGCUAUAUUGAUGCAGAAACUAUAGUCAAUGCUGCUUUGGAGCAGACUGGGAAGUGGGAACAUGCUGAAUUACUGAGAACCAGAGCAAAACUCGAAAUUGCGCAAGGCAAAACUAAGAUUGCUAUACAGACAUAUACUCAUGUUCUUGCAGUUCUUCAAGUUCGUAAGAAAAGUUGUGGCAUUGGAAAAUUAUUUUUAGAGAGGAAGGAGCGAGAUAAAAGCUUGGAGGUGGAGACAUGGCAUGACCUGGCCAACUUAUACACAAGCCUAUCACAAUGGCGAGAUGCUGAGGUCUGCCUCUCAAAAUCGGAGGCUCUUUGUCGUCAUUCCGCUUCUAGAUGUCACUCCAGAGGUUUACUUUACGAAGCCAAGGGCCUUGAAAAAGAAGCUCAGAAGUCAUUCUGGGAAGCGCUGGACCAGGAUCCGAACCAUAUCCCUAGCUUGAUCUCCAUGUCUAAACUUCUAGUGAAGUUCGGAGAGCAAUCCCUGCCAAUUGCUACAAGCUUCAUCAGACAAGCAAUUCGUCUUGACAGGACUAAUCAUAUGGCGUGGCGCAUUCUUGGGUUACUCCAUAGAUGUGAACCUGAAGGCGGAUCAACAGCUGAAGCUCUUGAAUGUUUCGAGGCUGCUACACUUCUUGAAGAGACUGCUCCAGUUGAACCCUUCAGAUAGGUGUUGUUCCCCUGUUGUACAGACUACAGAACUUCUUGUUAUAGAAAAUUUUAUCUCUAGGAAACACACCGGCUCCCUGGGCCGGGCCGGGCCGGGCUAGAACAGUUUCCUGAAAUAUAGACCACAGUUUUAAAGUCAAGUUAUCAUACACCACAGUUUCAAAAGACAUAUUUUCCCAAGGAUCUUAUUUACUGCA